UCUUCUGUACUAAUCACAGCCUCGCUGUCUGCUCAGCCUGUAAGGCUAACAAACACAAAGUAUGCCCGGAAGUAAACAUUCUUCAGGAUGAAGCAGAAGCAGCUCAAAAUUCACUUACUGACCUAUCAAAGAUUCUGGUAGAAGCGGAGCAGAUGCUAGAGCAGGCUAUAGGUCAGGUGACUUCACGUCUACAGAAAAUUGAUGUCAGCGAACAAAAGGAUAUGGCGCAGGUAGACAAGGCAUGUGACCGUCUUCACAAGUUGGUGGAAGAUGUUUGUAACAAGUUGAAGGACAAGUCUCGCACGUCACAUCUCCAAGUCAGGAAUUCAUUACGUGACGUCAAGACUGCCCUUAGCAACCGUGUAGGGAAGGUGACGUCACACAAACACAUUGUGACGCGAGCGGCGGCAGUGUCACCCCGUCCUGCACUGAUACACAUGACACAGGCUCUGACAGACAGGGUCAACAGCCUCGACGUCAGAGCCAACUUGCAAAGAGAGGUGUGGGUGGAGCCCUUGUCAAGUGUAGAGUGCUUUGAAGAACUUGUGAGACGGAUAGUAAACGAGCUCCCGAUGUGGAAGCAGCAGAAGACAGAGUCAAAGCUGGUCACACAGGCAGCAGUCCUUGUGUUCCACCAAAACUGCGGAAAAAACAUUCGUCUGACGAACGGUAACAGGACCGCGGAGAAAAUAGGGACACAUAACGUCGGUGACGGGGUGGUCGUGUCACGUGACCGUAUGUUGGCGAACGUCUUGUAUGAAGUCAGAGUGGACGCAGGAACAAAUGUGUACAACAAUUUAGCACUGGGUGUGACAAGAAUUUCUCCUGCACACCUUGCUGUGAAACAAUGGUCUGAAGACCUGCAAGACUCCGUUAUCAUCGGGACCGGUGAGGUCUACUAUCAGCGAAAAUGUAUGUCGAUACCACUCGGAGAAGAUCUCACGAGACUUGAGGUCGGGAGUCGAGUCGGGGUACUGGUGACCUCAUCCAACGACCUUCACCUCUACAUCAACGGACAGGACCAGGGCGUUGCAGCAAAAAAUGUUACACAACCCUGGUUUGCUGUCUUUAGUAUUGGUAGUUCAGUUAGUAAGGUGACAGCCCUUCCUCCGUCUUGGACAACAUGAAGAAUAUCAGAGAACAAGAAGGCUGAGAGAAUAAAACUAGAAUAUUUUUGUGAUUUAGGAUGGCACCAACUUGAGCGUUGAUAUUACCAAUGAGAGCUCCAGUGAAUUUGUUUCGUCAGUCUGAUUGCUAUCCAAAACUAGACGAGUACACAUUGUAUCUGUGUAUGUUUUUUUCCAGUUGAAAGACUUUAACAACAACAACAACAACAAAAAACAAACCUGGAUGAGCUAAUUCCCUCUACUACACACACACACAUAAAGAAAAAAGGGAAAACUUGUUAGUAUGAAGAUGAGUGAGGUAAUAUAUUGUUUUAGCAAAGAUUAUAUAUUGUGUAAGCACAAUGAAAGUAUACUCAUAAGUGCUGCUGUCAAUUAGUUACUUGUUAAAUACCUUGAAUCGACCUUUGGCUUCUGGUUCAUUCAUUAAUUUCGAAAAAAAGGCUGUUCAAAAGUCACACAAUAUGUAAAAUUAUUACUUACAGUGUCUGUGCCUCUGCGUGAAGAAAAUGUCUGUAUUCAUUUAAAAACUAAACUUUCCAUACUGAGUAGGUAUAUUAAACACUUUCACGAGGCACUGAGUCAUAGCUCACAUCUUAAUGUUUUGCUUUAGCUUUAACGCAGUUUUGUGAAAAUGAGUGAAAUGCACAGCAGACAGCACAGUAGUUGUAGUUGACUGUACGUGACUUGUAAUCACUUCUGUGGAAAUCUGCUGAACAGUGUUGUAUGGUGGCGGUGGUACGACUGAGUUUAUUGUCUGUCUUCUUCUGGUUUAAGAAAAGAUAAAAUGGCUUCUAAAAAUACGACUAAAGGAAAGCAAAAGAGAAAAAAGGGGAACUAGUAACGAUGAUAGUAUGUUGAGGAGUUCUACUCAAACACUACAAAGCUCAAAGGAUGAAAUCAAAUGUAACUGCCUGUUAGUCUCAGAAUAAACCUUUUAAUAAGAAAUAGACUUUAGAAAUUCUUUGAAUAUAAUAAUGUGCAUCAAUCUGCACUCAGGUUUGUUUUCUUCAGCUAGGCGUCACAAAGACUUGUGUUAUUGAUAUACUCAGGUGUGAUUCUAACAAGACAAUAAAGCGACUCACAGUUCAGUUAUCUGACACAUCGAUGAGCUAGGAUGUUAAACUGAUUUUAUGGGGAUUUCAUCAGUUCAUGUUUUCAGUUUGCACUUACUAAAGAUGUGUUUUCUUGUUUAUAUGGUUUUAAUAUAUCGGCUGAAAAUUAUGGUUAAUGUGUGAAGCCUAUUCUUUGUCUUGGAAACACAGUCCGAUAAUACCACGGACGUGUGUAGGUAGACUGAUUGAUGUCUGCCGAGACCAACACUAAGCCUCUUGUAAAGCUCUUCACUGUUAGUCUCGGCUAGCCUUAACAAUGAAUAUUACUUAACCGGAAGAUUUGUAUACCCCAGCCUCGUUUUAGUAGUUAACUGUAAACAAUCGUCACAUGCCUAAAGAAUCAACAAUGCUUACUCAUAUAGUUUCAAAUGCUCGUAAGCCGCCAUCAUUGUUAGUAAAUGUCGAUCCUUUUCCUUCUGUAGCCAAAGUCACAUGGUAGUUGUCAGGUAUCCCCACGAUUCUGAGAUAAGAUAAAGACACUGAGUAAGCUGGAUGCUUUGUACUGUACUGUGCCAAUCUCUGUUACUGAUGUCAUCACGUGACUUUCUAAAUAGACACUAGGACUCCAUGUGUGAUGGGGUGAACAUAGCGACUCCACAUUCUGAGACAUCAUAAAGUACAAUGUUUAGUUGAUUUCUUACUUACUUUGUAAAAUUAUCGCUUUUUGUGAUUGUGUAUGCUACAUAUGAGUCUUCCUGCUUUGUUUGAAUAUGUGGGCUGAACAUAGGUUAUAUAUUAUAUAUUAACGCCAUCCGUUGGCUUUUGACCCUGUAAUCGAUUUUGUGUUUUAAUAUUAAGUAAAACUUCAUGAGAUUAGCAUGUACGUUAAAGAAACUCGUUAGAAAUAAAAUCUAA